CUUCAUGCCCUAGAUAACAAGAGUAGGACCUUCUAUUGCAAGGAGUUUAUGGAUGUUGGAAAGGUUCGACGUAUGUACAACCCUAUAGCAACACCCACCGCUACAUUGUUCGCAUUAAUAGUUCAAAACCAUCCACCAUCACCAGACUCCCACCAACAAUACGCACAUAUCAGCUACAGACAUCGCAAACCCUUACCCAAACCAACCCUCAAUUCCAAAUCCAUGAGCAAACCGCACGAGAACACUCACACUCAGCCCAAAUCACCAGUUCGUCCCAGCCCUCAACAACACCCAGCACGACUAGUCCGCGCACUGAUCUGCCCAAAAAAGCCACGAGUAGAAUGUUACACAAGGAGCACAGUUUGCCCUUUUCACAACCCCCUCUACACAACAUACUUUACUCCCAAAUAUAGCAACAUACUCGCAUGGGAAUGCCAGAGCCAUGCGCGGGGGCCAGUGCCCACCUUCCCGUCCCGUUUCAUCUCGGCCCUAUGGAAAAAGAGCAUGAUUAAUCGAUGACACUGCAGUCACACACACACACACACACAUACGCGCCCUUCGCUUGACAUAAAAGCAA